CAUUGACGGAUAAAGUCAAAGACAAAAGGUCAAAACUCAAAAGUCAAAACAAAAUUACAAAAAAAAACCCCACAAUAUUCUUCAAUAUUAAUUAUUCAUUAAAUUAUUUAAAUUCUUAAAAUGUCUGACAAAAAGAAAGCCCUGUUUAUAUGCCUUGGCAAUAUCUGUCGAUCGCCAAUAGCGGAGGGUGUUUUCCAAAAGACUGUGAACGACUUGGGUUUGGGACAACAAUGGGAAAUCGACAGUGCUGCAAUUGGCAGCUGGCAUGUAGGUAACCCACCAGACUGGAGGGCGCUAGACACCAUGAAGAAUCAUGAGGUGCCUUACGAUAAUUGUGCGCGACAGAUUAUUAAAGCAGACUUCAAUAACUAUGACUAUAUAUUUGGUAUGGACGAGGACAACAUGAGAGACCUCAAGUCAAGAGCUCCAAAAGGGUCCAAAGCCAAGCUGCUGCUGUUUGGGGAGUUUGAUCCUGAGGGAGACAGGAUUAUCAGGGACCCCUACUAUGAUAGUGAUUCAAAGGGAUUUGAGAAAUGCUACCAACAGUCUGUGAGGUGUUCUAAAGGAUUCCUUGAGCAGUUGGAACAAGGAAAAGUCAAAUAGUUUUAAAUGCAUUAUGAAUACAUUCCAAAUUUACAAGUAAAUAGCUGAAGCAGUUAGUAACUCAAAACUUGCCAAUUAUAUUCAUUCACUAUACAUUCAAUUCAAUGUUAAUAAUGCCUAUAUUUGACAUUUUAAUCUAUACAGCAAAGUUUAAUUAAAAGUUAUAAAAAUUGUUAAAUUAAAAUAGCAAUAUUUUGUUA